UUCUAUUAUUUCUUUAUUCGAAUCGAAUGUUUUACCAAUUUUCUUAUUCAAUUUUCAUGAGGCAAUAAAAGUGAGCAUUGCAAAUUAAAUACGAUCUUGAAAACUGUCUGUAAUAUUGACAAUUAAAUUUCGGAUUCAAAAUGAAUCACAUGAGUGGAAUCAAUAGAAAAUUAAAUACGAAUGAUGGACGUCAAAUCGUGGAUUAUAUCAACAAGCGAAUCAAAGAGAAAGCAGAUAUGGAACGAAGAGGUGUCCCAUUCUUUAAAGCUGACAAUGAAGCUUUUGCGAGUCAGGAUGUGAAAAGAUUGACAAUUCUAGACAAAGUUUACAAACACAAGACUACUCCUUUCAAGCUCAAGAGAGUUAAAGAAUGCAAGAUGACGACCAGCAAAAAACCAAUUUGGUGGGAACUCACUGGAUUUAUGAAACCGAUUAAAAAAGAGACCAAAGUAGCUAAAAUUGACCAGAAAGAAGAACACAUGUUCAACCAAGACGACGAUGACGAUGGUUACGAAGAUGAAAAUGAAGAUGAAGACGAAGAUGAGGAGCCAUUUAGUUUCAGAAUUAACAAUAUUAUAGAAAACUUUUGAAUUUUUGUGAUAAACCAGUGAUAAGUCUCAAAUAUUACAUUAGAAGUAAUCACACAUUAUCAUGAUAAACGAAAGUAAUAUCAUAUUUCUUACAAAUACAAAUGUAGCUGCUUGUACCGCUAUGAGAACAACAAACAGUUUUCACAGAAACUCUAUAUUUACAUAAAGAAUUUUUUGAAUAAUAAAAGUAGACUAAUCACCACCAA